UGACUUGAUUUGAUCUCUGAAUAGUGAAGCCACACACCUGUGGCAUGUAAAUGUCAAACUAUACAUAACACCUUUUUCUUGAAUAAUAGUUAAGUUGUGUGGUUUGGUCCGUUUGCUGUCCUUGAAAGUGAAAUGUAGUUAUGUAGUCUUGCCUCAUGCCCAGUCAGCUGUGUAGAGGGGUAUCAUGGUCUGGGGGAAAUCCGUCAGUGUGAUGUCAAAGAGUGAGCAGAGAGGGAGGCGGACUUGAAGGAGCUCAGCAGGACUAACCCAGCAGGACUAACCCAGCAGCAGCGUGUCUGAGCAAAAUGAAACAUGGAUGAGGUCUCUGAAAGUUGGGAGGAAGCUGCUGACAGUGGGGAAAUGGAAAAACGGUUAGAAGAGAAGCUCAGGAUCAGCCAGAAAGAGAGGGAGUCCACUAACAAUUCUUCAAGAACUCCACUAAAGACCACCAUGGUGAUACAGGACGACUCUCUGCCAGCAGCUCCUCCACCUCAGAUCCGUAUUUUGAAGCGGCCUGCGAGUAACGGGUCACUGGGAUCCCCUGGGAGUCAGAACAGGCCCACACCACAGGUCAAGUCUCUGGCCCAGCGUGAGGCCGAGUACGCCGAGGCAAGGAAGAGAAUACUGGGCAGCGCCUGCCCAGAGGAGACGCCUCAGGACAAACCCAACACUGACAGGUCAGGCCGCAAUAACUCUACACCGCCUUCAGAGGACACCCGAUCAAACAAUCACACCGUCGGGCAGCCAGUCAGCCCAGACGGCACCCCAGGGUUCCGGCAGCACAGAUAAGUGGGCCCAGGAGCCACCCAGCCAUUAAGGGGAGAGAGACGGAGGGCCACCUGAGAGCAGAGACAGCACUCAGGUCUCCAAACUACUUCCUUCAACUAGCAGUCAUACAGAACUUUCAGGGAGCGAGGAACUCAAGGAGGAAGCCAAAUGGAAAUGUGCUGCCCCCUCUCUCUCCCCCCCCACACCCCCACCCACCCAACCCUGUCGGUUUGACACUGUGAUUAUGGACUUCUUCUGGACUCACUGUGAUGAUCCCUUUAAGAGACGCCCCUUGCCUCCAUCUCCCUCCUCCCUCAGUGCCCGGCAGCAUUUCAGGAAUCCUGUGAGGCUGAAGCAGAGACUUAAACAAAAGGAGGGCAAAGAGAGGAGGAGGAGGAGAAAUGAUGGGCCAUAGUAAAAUGACGUGAGCUGGUACUUCAGCAGCCGCUUCUCCCCAGCAAUAAUGCCAGGCAUCACUUCUCACACCUUUCAUGUUUUUAAGUUUUAAGAAGCUGGCUGACUACGUUUUUAUUUAGUUUCUCUUGCUUGUCUUGAAUUGUAUGUGUAUAUUAGGGAUGCUCUGAUAUUUACAGAAGUACAUCACAUCAUACAUACACCACAGUUACCUGUUUAUUACAGCAGCUUUUCAUUUAAGAGUUUUUAAAAACGUGGAAUAUCUGCAGAUUUUAUUCAAGUUCUCCCUCGUUCAUUUGGUCCUAAAAUAAUCUCAAAAUGCUGAGUUUUGGUCUCUCUGUAAGAACAGACUGAGCUGCGAUAGUCUCACCCUCUCUAUAACUUGUACAUCAUAUAGCUGUUUGCAUUAUCAGUGCAUCCCUAAUGUAUAAAUUGCCAUUUGUUUUUAAAAAUCGGAGGGUAAGGGUAAUGUUUGUCCGGUUUUUUAUUAAAUUAUGAAUUCUGUUAGUGCUUUUUUUGAUUGUGCUUCUCAGCUGUCUACCUUGGACUGUCACAUUUUAUUUUAAAAACUUAGAGCAAAAGAAAAAAAUGAGAUCGGAGGUUUAAGUCCAUUUUAAGUAGCUUAUCUGCCUUUUUUUGUACGAGAUGGCAACAAUGUCGGAGCAGUAUUUUAAUCCAAAUGAACCAAAAUCCCCAUUUUAAAAUCAACCCCAUGUAUAUACAUCAGUUGACUCAGAUAAUGAGAGGGUGGUGUUGGCAGCAGGUCAAAGGAGGUUGAGUUGACUGCUGGAGUCCACAAACCUCUCCAUCAUAUCUCCACCUCAUCAGCGGUGUCCUCGUCUUUCAUGUCCUCCCCUGACGUACAGCACGUAGGAACUCAGGUGAAAGUGGACGAGACUGAUUGAAUGAAAUGAACAAGGAUUGUAUUUUUCCAGACGGUUUGAUCGCUCAAACAGCAAAUGGCGUAUUACUUGGGUUGGCACUUUGUAAGAAAGUGCUGUACAAAGGAUGCAGUGAAAUGUAACUGAAAAGAUGUCCCAAGAUGAAUGAAUGCAAGUUUUUUAUAUUUCUGUCAAACUGUCGGCAUGUUGGUGACGCAAGAAUCUGUAAUGCAACAGUUGGUCCACUGCUGAAGUGGAGCACGGAGACACAGCUGUAUGUGACUACCUGGCCGACCAGGACCAUUGUGCCCAAUAGAAAAGACUUAGUUUUUCACCUUUUUAUUUGUUCAAACAGAGAAAAACUCUCAACAAAGCCAUAUUCAGUGGUGCACAUCAUCGAUAGAGACGUUCUUGUAUUGGUUGAACUCAGCCUGUGCCUCCUGUAUCACAUCUUUACUUCCUGGUUGUUGAUUUUUAUUACUGUAGUUCAAGAAGCUGAAUAUAUCAGAGAGAAUCCAAAAUACUGUAAAGAGAUUUUAGUUCAGGAAAUCUAGCAGCAGCAGAAGAGCAGGAGAGAGAUGUUUAGCUGUGCUCUGAGCAAGAACACAAACUGCCUGUAAAUACUGAUUUAAUAAAAUGAUUUGCAAAAAUGUG